GCGUGCGAUUCGCGAGCCCCGCUCGGCAGUCUGCCUGCGACACUCGGUGCCGGCGCACCGCAAAUCCGCGACACUCGCGCCUCCCGCUUGGGAACCGUUUUGACAGCAUCUGUGCCUGCACGCCCGGCCUAGACCAUGCCUGUGCCAGACGAUCGAGAGCGAGCCGGCAUCGCCGCGUGGAUACUACGCUGGUGGCGCGCGCUGGUAGCCGAGCUGAUCGCAACUGCUUUGCUGGUGGGACUCGGCGUGGCGACCUUGAUGCCGGUGAAGGGAAUUCAUGAGAUUCAGCUAACACACCCCGCACUGGCGUUCGGCUUCAUCGUGACUGGCAAUGCCAUGAUAUUCGGCCCGGCGUCCGGCGCGCACAUGAACCCUGCCGUGACGCUCGCGGCGGUGGUGCACGGCCGCAUGUCCGCCCUACUCGCACUUGCGUACUUCGUGGCGCAGACGGCAGGCGCGUUGAUCGGCUUCGGGGCACUGUUGGCGAUGACCCCGGCGAAUGCAGCACAGGCUCCUCACGGCUGUACCGCGCCGGGCCCUAACGUCAGCCCGUUAGCGGCGGCCGCGAUGGAGGCGGUGAUGACGGGCCUUCUGGCGCUGGGCUGCUGCGCGGCGUGGGCGGCGCACGACGACGCGCGCCCCGAUCACACCGUACCCAUCAAAUUGGGCCUGCUUGUCGCCGGCCUCGUGUACUCAGGCGGUUUCCUGUCUGCUGCUAGCUUGAACCCGGUGCGUAGCCUUGCACCCGCCGUGUUCCAUUCCUUCUGGCAGAGUCACUGGGUGUACUGGGUGGGUCCGCUGGGCGGCGCAGCGCUGGCGGCGGCACUGCACCGGUUCGUGCUGACGGAGCGCGCGCCGCGCCGAGCUGCGCCCGAGCAGCUGCCGCUCAACGACAAGCCCUGACCUCACCGCACCACUCACCGCUCACCCACAGCGAGCUCUCACUACCUCUUGCUCAACCACGCUCUCUCAUCUCAAAUAAAUAUAUUUUUGUUAACCUUGUUACAAA